CUACAGAAGAGGAGCAUCGACUCAGUGUACAUUAAGAGAUGCAUCCAAAGAUUCCAGGAGGACAUACAGAAGAUCAGGUACUAAUUUGAUUUGGUUUUAGAUACAUUAUUUUAUGGUUUUCUGCUUCAAUAACAUCAGUUAAAAAAUAAUGAAAGCCGUAAAAAAUAAACGAAUUAAACAAACACCUUACUUCCCCUUCACAGAGAUUCUCUCCAGGCCAUGACAGUGGAGCACAGCAGUCUAUCCCUGCAAUCAAGAAAACGCGUGGCUCUCUCUUCAGAGGAUCACCAACGAAUUGCAGCUGAAGUCUGUGAUACCAUACUGGGGCACACCAGAGAGAGGUUCCAGUUCACAGACCAUCUCAUCUGUGCAACCCUCCUGCAGUGCGAUCGGUUUGAAGAUUAUCAAGUGGAUUUUCCAGAGGAGGCUCUUAAAACCACAGUGAAGGCUUACCCUGUCCUUGACAGCAGCAGGCUGAAGACAGAGCUAGAACUCCUCUACAGCAACGAGGAAUUCAGAGCGUGUAGUGGUGCGGUGGACUUCCUCCAAUUCUUUAUGGAGAACAACUUGGGGGAGCUUUUUUCAGAGACGGUAACCCUUUUGAAAAUACUUGUCACCACACCAAUGACGACAGCAGAAGCAGAGAGGUGCUUCUCGACUCUUAAGCGAGUGAAAACAUUCCUGAGAAACACAAUGUCGCAAGAUCGCCUCAACGCACUGGCUACCCUGUCUAUGGAGAGGGCCAUAGUAACAGAGAUGACUGACUUUAACGUUAAAGUCAUUGACACAUUUUCAAAUUUAAAAGAGAGAAGGGCCAAGUUCCUCUACAAGUAGCACUUAAGCAUUUAAGCACUUUUGUGUGUGUGUGUGUGUGUGUGUGUGUGUGUGUGUGUGUGUGUGUG